AUGUGUUUGGAGCACAUCCAUGAUGUUGGUACAUCUGUAUUUGCACUAUAUGCAGAUAACCGACGCCCUGCAGGAGCUGCUUUGGAGCAGGCUAAAAAUAUGUUGGAUGCUGACUUCGGCCAUUUCAACGUGGAAUUCGCCGUUCGAUUUUCACGCUUUUCACUGUCUAAACGUCGCAUUCGCCCGCUCGUGAUUCGCACGCCUUAUAGCAUCUCAACGUCGAAUUCGACGUGCGGGUUUCUCACGAUUUAUAAUUUCGAACGUCUGGACGUCGUAUUCGCUAUUCGCCCAUUCGAGAUUCGCACGCCUUAUAGCAUCUCAACGUCUAUUUCGCCGUGCGGCCUCACGCUUUAUAGCAUUAACACGUUCAAUUGGCCGUGUGGAUUUUUCACGCCUUAUAGCAUCUCAACGGCGUGUUCGCCGUGCGAAUCCGCACGCCUUAUAGCACUGACCUUUUUUAUAACUUGUAACUAUUAUUAUGUCUCAUUCUAG